UGCGUAUUCGCCUUUUAUCAUAGCAAAUUUUUGUGUUGUAGUUUUGAUCGUAGUUUUGGUCUGCAUUUAGUCAGUAGUUAAAGUAAAUGUCAUUCGUAUGGAAAGUGACUUUGUAUAACAAUUUUAUAUAACAAUUUAUCACCGUUCAUAAAUCGUAAUGUCUGCCCUAUUUAAUUUCCAGAGUUUGCUGACAGUUAUUUUGCUAUUGAUAUGUACCUGUACUUACGUUAGAUCUAUCGUACCCAGUUUAUUGGACAGUCGAUUAGGAAAAGUUGGUUUUCAAGGUACUCUUUGGAAGUGUGCCAGGAUUGGUGAGAGAAAAAGUCCAUACGUGGCAGUGGGUUGCCUUUUUAUGGCUUUCAAUAUCUUAUUUUGGUCUUAAUAUUUACAUAGGGAUUACAAACUAUCAAAAAAUAUUCCAAUCAAUUGCGUAUAAUUUUAUACUAAUUACAGAUGUAAUGGAUUUUAAUGUAAAUAAGCUUAAGUUUAACCUAAAAUGAAAGGAAAUAAUUAAUAUUUUGGCUACUUGCA